AUGGAACAGGCGGAGAAGACCAAGGCCCUCCAACAGCAGAUUGAUCAGCUGAAAAACCAAGUUGACCAACUGCAGGCGUCCCUGGAUGAUGCCAAUAAAAAGUUGGAGGAACAGAAAGAGCCCCUCCAACGGCUGAGCAAGGCGGAGACUGAAAAUGGCCGCCUUGCCAAAGAGAAUGAGCGCCUGCGCAAAGAGGCGGCUGCUGCCAAUGAGAACUUCAAGGCCACCUUGGAGUCGGAGCAGGAGAGGCUCAUUGAAGAGAAUGAGGCGAAUGAGCCGGGGCCCGGACCUUAUGACGCUUGGGUUAGGGAGGAGAUUGCGCGACGGCAGACGGAGGCUGCUGAAGAGGAAGAAGUUGUUCCUGAAGCCGACGCAGCCGCUCACCCUGAUCCAACCCAGAACCAACCGGAAGAGGACCGGUUCACUCUUCGCCUGGAGUAG